AUGGGGAGGAAGGAGCAGAGUGUGGAGACUGGCAAAGAAAGGGAAGCCAGUGUGGACCGAGGACAGAAGAGAGAUGGGGAGGAAGGAGCAGAGUGUGGAGACUGGCAAAGAAAGGGAAGCCAGUGUGGACCGAGGACAGAAGAGAGAUGGGGAGGAAGGAGCAGAGUGUGGGAGCGCAACCUUGAACACUACAGAAAGGCUGGGGAGGAUGGGAAUGAGGAGUCCACUGCAGAGAGGUCAUCAUUGACCUUUGCCAAGGCCUUUUCAGUGAGUGAUGGGAACAGUCUUUACACAGAGGCGGAGGAGGAGAUGCUCACUUUGGCCGCCCAUAUACUAAAAUUGGAGCGGUACAGAGAAGAUUAA